GUGAUAAACAUAUUAUGUGUGUGUGUGUGUGUUUUCCACAGGGUAACUGUCCCAAAGUGAGCUCCAUCAACGACCGCAGCGACUGGAAGACGGUGAAGAAAGCCUUGACUGUGAUUGGCUUCAGCGAGGAAGAGGUGGAGGAGCUGUUGAACAUAAUUGCCAGUGUGCUCCACCUGGGGAAUGUGCAGUAUGGCGGAGAGGAAGGCACCGUCUGCAUCACCUCUGACACACAGAUAAAGUACCUGACCAGGAUCAACAGUUCACUGGCAUACACGGAUGACUCCUACAAGAACUGCUCAGUCAUCGGCCUGCUGGACAUCUACGGCUUUGAGGUCUUCCAGAACAACAGGCAGCCACCCAGUUCAAAGCAAGUCUGGCGAAACUAAUGGAGAUCCUCAUGUCGAAGGAGCCGUCGUACGUCCGCUGCAUCAAGCCCAUUGACUCCAAGCAAUCAGGUCGGUUUGACGAGGUGCUGAUCCGUCACCAGGUCAAGUAUCUGGGGCUGAUGGAGAAUCUGAGGGUGAGGAGGGCCGGCUUUGCUUACAGACGGCGCUACGAGGUCUU